AAGCUGGCACCAUCUUUCCGAAAUGCCAAAGAAAUGUUUGAGCGGAUCGAAACCCUCAUGCCACAGGGGCCACCUUGGAUGAGUGAGAAGUUUGUCCUUCCGGAUGCUCCCAAUGAGCCGCAAACGCUGUGGUAUCGAGAUAUCGUUGAAUGCGCUGCCUUUCUAUAUGGAAAUCCAGCCAUUCAAGACUGUAUGAACUAUGAAGGGCUUCGAGUUUUUGAACCCGAUGGGAAAACUAGGGUAUAUCAUGAAUUUAUGACUGGCGAAAUAAUGGCAAACUUACAGGUCAUACCAACUGGAGCGAGCCCGAUUGGUAUAAUAUUUGCAUCAGAUGAGACGCACUUAACAAACUUUUCGGGGAACAAGACUGCACAUGCUGUGUAUAUGAGCAUUGCGAACAUUGACAAGGCAUCACGAAAGAAGUACAGCCAAGGCACCUGGAUACCGAUAGCAAAGAUCCCAGUGUCCAAGUUUGCGAAGACCCAGUUCCAGACCAAGACAGAGCAGGAACGAAUGCCUGGGCUCCUCCAAAGCAUAUCGUUCCACAAGUGCAUGAAGGUCAUUCUCAGGCCAUUAUGUGAUCCAGUGUCACAUUGGCAUGGGCAAAUCAUGGCCGAUCCCCAUGGGAACCUCCGCAGAUGUCUUUGCUUCCUGGUCGCAUGGAUAGCAGAUCUGAAGGAGCAGUGUCUUAUUGCAGGCGUAGCCAGCAAUUCAUGUCCCAAAUGCUUUUCUGACAGUACUGAAUUCGAAUGUGCCGAAGCCAGUGACCGGAGAACAGGUCAGUCAACA